AACCACAAAAAACCCGAACCGAAAAUGGCCAAUCCGUUCCUAAUGGACGACGACCUGGAUGGCGGCGAUAUGGCCGCCAAUCCCUUCCUAAUGCAAUCAGAUCCGGAGCCGGGCGAGUCGGAGUCGAAUCCGUUCGGGGAGGCAGCCAGCAGCGCCAUUGCCAGCGUCAGUGCCACCUCCAAUCCGUUCGCCUUUGGCGGCGACGAUCUCGAACCGGAGCCAGAGCCGCCGAUCAACGACAUCGAUCCGGCCAUGAGCUUCUUUGGCACCACCAUAGAGGCGGAGGACGACGCCCUCAGCAUCAAGUCCGCCGCCGGGGAGGAGGAGGACGACACCGCCGCCGCUGGGCAAAAAAAGCAGCCCCCGCCUCCGCCACGACCACAGCCGCCGCAGAGCACACAGGAUCUGAUCAGCACGGUCUCCAGCCAGCUGGACGAGACCUCCUCGGAGCUGCUGGGCCGCAUACCCGCCACCCGAUCGCCCAGCCCCGUCUCGAUGCGCGACCUUCACUCGCCCAGCCCCACACCGGACUCAGGACUGGCCGAUCUGUUGGACGUGUCCGACAGCGGCUCCAAUAACCAGAUAAUGGACCUGGAUCUCAUUGGGGGAGUCACUGUCACUGCUACCACCACGGCCACAGCUGCAGAGGCCGAACCUGCUGCUCCGGCUCCUGCUCCUGCACCAGUUGCGGCUGUGGCUCCGCCUCCCGUUCCUGCUCCCCCUGCCAGCCAGCACGACAAUCCCUUUGCGGUGCCCACGGCUGUGCCCAGCCUGCAGGGGGCCACGCCCAUGCCCUCGCCGGCCAAACAGCAGCCGCCACGUCCCCCGCCGCCACGCCCAGUGCCACCACGGCCGACGCCACCAGCACACAUGAUGCAGCAUGGCCAACAGCAGCCGGCACCGGUACCUCCGCCGCAGCGUCCACCACCGCCGUCAGCCACUGCCCCAGCCCCAGCCACAGUACCAGCGGACUCGGAGGAUUUGCUGGACAUGUUCGGUACGACCAGCGCAAAGCCGGCCAAGCCGCCGCCGCCCAAGAGCAAGGAGGACAUCCUCAGCCUGUUCGAGGCCCAGCCACAGCCGGUGGCCAAGCCCGAUCUCCUGCACGAUGAUCUGCCCCAGGCGGUGGUCACCUCCGAGGAAGAGCGCGACGCGGAGAGCAACAGGGACAACGACGACGGGGAGGACAAGGAUGAGCCGAUCUUCACGUCUGUGCUGACGCGGCCGGACGAGAGCACCCAUGACAUCAGCUGCCAGCCGCAGGCGGCGACCCUGGCCCUCAUGGCUGCGCCACAGGACACGACGGGCAGACAGAGAGCUCCCACGCCGGACAUAGAGAUCACCACGGUGGAGGAUCUGCCGCGCUCCGACGACGAGGAUGAGCCAGAGCCAGAGCCAACACCAGCAGCAGCAGCAGCAGCUCCCGAUCAGCCGGAACCCGAAAUAGAACCAGAGGCCGAUGCCGAAGCCGUACCCGAACCGGAGGCAGAGGUGGAACCCUUCGGGGCGCCAGCAGCGGCUGUUGAGUCGGAUCACACUGGAUCACCGCUGGAGGCCACUGAGUCACAGCCAGCCUUCGAACCCGUCAUGGAGCUGGCCAGCGAUGAGCCCGAGCAGAUGGACACGGGCCUGGACUUUCCUUUGGGCAGCGGCGGUCUGGCCAGCGGCCAGCUCUCGGCCAAUCCCUUCGCCAGUCCCGAGGAGGAGGACGAGCCGAGCUUCGUGCCCGCUGCUGUGGUGGGCAACAUCUUUGCCGUGGACGACCCAGAGCCAGAGCCAGAGGUGGAGGCCGUGCAGCAGGCGCCCAGCUACGGAGGCAACAUCUUUGCCGUGGAGCCGGACGAGUUUGACGCCUUCUCGGCCAAGUUUGAUUCCGUGAAGAAGGACAACAUCAGCAUCCUGGACGGCUUCGGUGGCUCCGGAGCGAUAACGCCCACGGGAGGAGAUGCUUGGGGCGACAGCGCCUUUGGAUCGGCCACCAUUUCGGCGGGCAAUGCUUUUGGCGACGCCACUUCGGCGGACGAUGGCUUCGGGAACGAGGACGACGAUUUCUAUGCGAUGCGGGCGCCCGUGCGGGCCGAGUCCGUGGAGUCGGUGGACAAGGAGUUCAGCGUGGUGAUCCGGCCCAAGGCGGAGGGCACUGGAGGCGUGGCCCCGCAGCUGGCGCCACCGCCGCCGCCGGCCAGGUCGGCCGUGCCGACGGCCAGCCAAUCCUCGUCGUCUCCGCCGGCGACAGUCAAUCCCUUCGAGGAUGUGACCGGAUUCCCAGCACCACCAGCAGCGGCAGCAGCCGCCACGGAAGAGGCGGGCGAGGCGGGCAUCAAGCGCACAGACUCCCAGGACACGCCACAGACGCCGCUGUACGACGAGGAUGUGUCCCAGCCGCUGGAGGAGUUCCCGCGCCUGCACUACGUGGGACCCGGGUGGGAGAUGCAGCUGCGGCAGCCGAACAAGAAGAAGAUCACGGGCCAGCGCUUCUGGAAGAAGAUCUUCGUGCGCCUGGUGGUGCAGAACGACGUGCCGGUGGUGCAGUUGCUGAACCAGCCCGGGGACAAGCAGCCGUUCCAGGAGUUGCCGCUGCAGCCCUCCUACUCGGUCUCGGAGAUCGGGGCCCAGCAGUACGACCAGUUCGGCAAGAUCUUCACCAUGAAGCUGCAGUACAUCUUCUACAAGGAGCGUCCCGGCGUCCGGCCAGGCCAGGUGACUAAGGCGGAGCGCAUCACCAACAAGCUGACCAAGUUCGCACAGUACGCCAUCGCCGGGGACUACGAGGGCGUGAAGGAGUUCGGCAGCGACCUCAAGAAGCUGGGCCUGCCCGUCGAGCAUGCGCCGCAGUCGUCGCAGCUCUUCAAGAUCGGUUCGAUGACCUACGAGGACAUGAAACAGUUCUCCGUCUGCAUUGAGGAGGCCCUCUUCAAGCUGCCGGCUCUGCGCGAACGCGCCCUCACCUACAAGAUGGAGGAGGUCCAGGUGACGGCCGUCGACGAGAUCACCGUCGAGCAAGACUUCGAGGGCAAGAUCCUCAAGCAGAUCGCCCGCGUUCGCCUCUUCUUCCUCGCCUUCCUCACCGGCAUGCCCACCAUCGAGCUGGGCGUCAACGAUAUGUGGCGCCAGGGCAAGGAGGUGGUCGGCCGUCACGACAUCAUUCCCGUGGCCACCGAGGAGUGGAUCCGUCUCGAGGCGGUCGAGUUCCACAGCGUUGUCAAUCAGCAGGAGUACGAGCGAACGCGCACCAUCAAAUUCCAGCCGCCCGACGCCAACUACAUUGAACUGCUGCGCUUCCGGGUGCGUCCGCCAAAGAAUCGCGAGCUUCCGCUCCAGCUGAAGGCCACCUGGUGCGUCACCGGCAACAAGGUGGAGCUGCGUGCCGACAUAUUGGUGCCUGGCUUCACCUCUCGCAAGCUCGGCCAGAUACCCUGUGAGGAUGUAUCGGUGCGCUUCCCCAUACCCGAGUGCUGGAUCUAUCUGUUCCGCGUGGAGAAGCACUUCAGGUACGGGUCGGUGAAGUCGGCCCAUCGACGGACGGGCAAGAUCAAGGGAAUUGAACGGAUCCUCGGUGCUGUCGACACGCUGCAGGAGUCGCUGAUCGAGGUAACAUCGGGCCAGGCGAAGUACGAGCAUCACCAUCGUGCCAUUGUCUGGCGGUGUCCCCGCCUGCCCAAGGAGGGUCAGGGGGCCUAUACCACACACCAGCUGGUCUGCCGAAUGGCACUCACAUCGUACGACCAGAUCCCCAGUGAACUGGCGCCAUACGCAUUCGUGGAGUUCACUAUGCCCGCCACGCAGGUCUCGCAUACCACCGUGCGCUCCGUGAGUGUCCAGGACUCGGACGCCGAUGAGCCUCCCGAGAAGUAUGUCCGCUAUUUGGCACGACACGAGUACAAGGUUGGCAUCGAGACCACGCACGGCGAGUCCACGAACGCGUAUUUGGCGGCAACGCGUCCCAUCAAGGAGGAGACCGCCAAGGAGGUGGCCACCAAGCCGGUCGCCUCGCCGGUCCCUCCCAGCGACUCGGACACGGACUCCAAUUAAGCGGAGAGAAGCGAAGCGAAGCGCAGCGCAGCGCCGCGCGGCUUUCUGUAGAUAUUCCCCGUGUGCAUGGUUUACCCAAUCGUUCUUGUUAUAUACAUAUUUACAUACAUAUAUAUAUACACCACAUAGAUAUAUCUUAUAUACAUACCUACUUAUAUGUGUAAUUUCAAGUGCGUCUGCCCGCCAUAUAUUCCCCCGUCUAGCUUGUGCAGCGUGUUCAUCAGCUCCAGAGUACGAGUAUUAGGUAAAGAUUAGUUGACAAUAAUGUUAAGAGAGAGUAAAUCAGCAGCAGAUGUGAGAAUGAUAAUUGAAUGAUGAAACUGAAACUGUAACUGUAACUGUAACUGUAACUGAAACUGAUAAUUUGAAACAGAUAAAGUGCAGAAGAUGAUGAACACAUUGUAAAAAGCCAAAAGGAACGGAAACCCAGAUGAAGCUGAGGCUGAGGCUGAGCGACGGAUGUGGAUGUGUCAACGGAGAAGGAGAAGGAGGAGGAGGAACAGAGGAAAGGAAUGCUUAACCACAUAACCCCAUCACCCCCACCUUCCACUUGCCCAACUCUAACCUUACAUAAAUCUAGCCUUAACCGCGUUACUUAUAGCCCAUACUUGUACGAGAGAUAACGUUAAUGCUAGCCAUUGGUAAUAUAUCAAUCCAAUGGGGCGUACGUAAAGUCAACCCAUACAUAUGCAUAGAGUUAAUGAUUAUAAUCGAACCAGUACACACACAAACACAUACAUACUAUGCUAUGCGUAAUACGUAUACAUGCAUACAAACAUACAUAUAUAAUCGAUGGACCUUCUUAGUUGUAACUUAUCGAAUCGACGCAUUAAGCGACAAGUAAUCGACAAGUAAUAUGAAAAUGAAAAGCAAUUCCGCCACAGAAACAUAGUUCAUCGAAGAAGAAAUCGAGUGACGUGACGAUCGGAGCUCAAGUGGAAGUGAAAACGGAAGUGGAAAUCGAUGUGGAAAUGGAAGAAGGCAACACGCACACAUUCUCCGCCCAUACUCCCACAUACUACUACUCGUAGAUGCAAUGGAAAUGGAAUGGAACCUAUGGAUACGGCUACGGAUACGGAUACGGAUACCUACCCCAUGCUGCCAGCAUAUCAUCAGAUAGAGCAUCAUCAUAUAGUAGUAGCAAGUAACACUGGAGACCGAAGGCAGUAGAUAACCAACCCCUCCUUCUGAUAACCUCUGAUAUCUGGACACUACAUAGCCCAUAGCCCCACUAGUACUAUUCCUCUAUUACAAAACAAAAUAUACUAAGCUUUACCAAAUUGAUUUAAUGCAUAAAUUUAGAGACGGAACGAUUCAAUGCAUAUUCAAGAAAAAAUGUUAUUGUUGUGAAUCAAAUUAAAUUAUAUUCAGUAAAAAACAAAGUAAAAGUAAACUAAACUAAACGAAAAAAACCAAAGGCAAAACCAAAACUAAAACUAAAACAAAAACUUAAAUGCAUAUAGGAAAAUCAUCUUUGUUGGUCUACAAACACACUACAUAAAUAGAUAUAUAGUACGGAUAAAACCGAAAAAAAAAUGUGGACAAAAUUAUAAGUAUGCCACACACAGAUAUUGAUCGAUCGGUACCGAUCGAUCGGUAUUUAUUGAGUUUACUAGCAAUAUUGCAUAAAAUAGAUUUGUUAAUUGAGUGUUAAAUGAUUAUAUACCCGACCCUGCUUCUGCCCGACUAUCCACAAUCCACUAUCCACUAUCCACUCUCCUGUCCUAUAAACCACAUUCCCAACACACACUCUUGAUGCACUCUUACCAUACCAUCCAUACCAAGGCAUUCCAUUUAUAGUACUAUAUUUCGUACCACAUUUCGAGAGUCUCUCAAUGGAGGAGCCUUGAUAUAUUGAUGAUAGAGAACUAUGUAUAUUGUAUCCUUAAGAAACUCCCCUAAGAAUCCCAAACCUCUAUUCUACAUCCCCCAUUCCCAUUCCCAUUCCAUUCAUUUAUUGUAUGUUACAUUAUUUAAAUACGUUUAACUCUACAUAUACUAUAUCGUAUAUCGUAUAUAUGCAUAUGUAUUGUAUGUACAAUAAAAAGACAAACCAAAUCGGAUCGGAUAAUGAAAGUUCCCGACAAACACUCUCACAUGUUAUAUAUAUUAAAUAUACAUACAUACAUACAUAAAUUGGCAGGCCCCCACACCCACACCCACACCCACACCCUGCAAUGAGCUGCCACACCAUAUGUCCCACUCCCCAUCCGAUGGGACUGAAUCCAAGGCGUAUGCUGUGUGGUCUGCCGUGACGGGGACGGGGCCGGGUUCGGGGUCUGUCCCUAUUAUACAAGAAUAUGCGGCGAUCGCUAAAGGUAUUAACCGAUCAACUAAAUACAAUAUAAUGAAUUAUUAUGAACCGAACAGCAAACGCAUUAUGGUGGAACCUUUACCUAGUCAAAUGAGAAAAUAAAUAUGGAAUCAACCAAUAUUAAGCAA